AUGAAGUGGGCGUACAAGGAAGAAAACAAUUUCGAAAAACGCCGAGCAGAGGGAGACAAAAUCAGGAGAAAGUAUCCUGACAGGAUUCCCGUUAUUGUCGAGCGAGCUCCGAAGUCUCGACUUCGAGACCUGGAUAAGAAGAAGUAUUUAGUACCAUCUGAUCUCACGGUUGGCCAGUUCUACUUCCUUAUCAGAAAAAGGAUUCAUCUCAGGCCGGAGGAUGCCCUAUUUUUUUUUGUGAACAAUGUGAUACCACAGACGAUGACAACAAUGGGACAGUUGUAUCAGGAUCAUCAUGAAGAGGAUCUUUUCUUGUAUAUCGCUUACAGCGAUGAGAGUGUUUAUGGAGGCAAGGCUGUUGCAAUAUAG